AUGUGGGCUAUCUCGGUUUCCUGGAUAUUGGAGCCGAUGGCCUUGCGAAUGGGACUGUCCAAAGGAAAUGCUAGGAGAUUCGCAGAACAAACCUGGACGGGCAUCUACUACUCAUCGAUGUGGACUUUGGGAAUGAGCGUUUGGAUGCAAUCGAACUACUGGAUGAACUUGCGAGAGCUCUGGACCACAUUUCCAACCAAGGAGCUUGGAGGAAAUUUGAAGCUCUACCUUCUGAUCAGUCUUGCAUUUUGGUUUAAUCAGAUUAUCGUGGUCAAUGUGGAGAAAAGGCGUUACGAUUAUGCCCUGUACAUGGCACACCACAUUGUCACCGCAACUGUUAUGUGGUCUGCAUAUGUCUACAGCGCCCAUGAGCUCUCUCAUUUGGUCUCGAAUCUGAUGGAAGCCGCAGAUGUCUUCCUAUGUAUCGCAAAAGUUCUUCGCUACGUGGAUUGGCGAACCAGCGGAAAUGUGGCACUGGGCACAUUUGCUGCGGUGUGGUUUGUGUCUCGGCACAUCAUCUAUGUGCGUUUAUGUUGGAUCUUAUUUCAUGACAUCCCGAGCACAAAGCCAUAUGGGUGCUAUUCGGGAUUCGACAGAAAACCCAGCCAUACGGUUAUACCGGAGGUCUCCUGGGGUAGUCUUGGACGCCCUUUCAUAGACGCAAGCAGUUUGGUCUGUAUAACCCCCUUUGUCAAAUGGGCAUUUCUCUCUACAUUGCUGGCAUUCCAAGCUAUGUCAAUCAUUUGGUUUCAAAUGAUUGUCAAAACCAUUAUGAGAGCUUUGAGCAAAGGAUACAGCGAUGACAUAAGAAGUGAUGAUGAGGGUGAGACCGACGAGGCUGAGGGGAAGAAAUGA